AUGGCUAGAUUCCAUUUAAAAGACAGUGAUGAAUUCUACUUGGCACUCUCCGAGCAACCAAAGCGCUUCGACGCUGAUAGUCCCGUGACAAAUGUAUUUUUUGACGACACAAAUGGACAGGUAUUCACGGUAAGGUCUGGGGGCGUUACAGGCGUAACAGUCAAUGGUAUGGACGAAUCUAGGUGUACAUCUUUCAGAAUGGAAGACCUUGGUCCUAUAAUUUCAAUAAAAUUCUCACCAGACCUAAAAAUAUUGGCUAUACAAAGAAAUUUAGACAACCAAAAUGCUACCGUUGAGUUUGUAAAUUUCAAAGACUUGGCUCCCACAAAUAUAGAGUACACUCAUAGCUGCAAAUGGAAGAACGCAAAGAUAUUGGGUUUUGUAUGGCCUAAGAUUAAUGAAAUUGCAUUUAUUACUGACCAUGGUAUUGAAUUAUUACAAGUGUUGCCAGAGAAAAAAAUAUUAAAGAGCUUGAAGAAUACUUCUUUCAGCUGUGCGUGGUUUGCUUGGUGCUCUCAGAGUAACAUCGUGUUACUGGCCGGCAACAAUGGAGUACUCCUACAGCCGUUCUCAUUGAACAAUUCUACUAUUGCUAAACUGCAAAAGCUAGAAUUGGACUCAUCGAAGCCUGUAUUAGAACGGGAUGUAUUUAUACUUCGGCUAUGCGACGCUACGUGGUGUGCUGUGUUUAGGCAUGGACAUUCUGCUACGGUGACUGCUCCCGGACCAACAGAGGUGUGGCUGAUGCCGAUCAUGGGUCCCAACGGUUUCCACUUCACUCACGUGUUGAAGACAGGCCUUGUCGGCAGGUUCGCAGUCAACGUUGUGGAUGACUUGGUCGUGGUACAUCAUCAGUCCAGUCAAACCUCCCAGCUGUUCGAUAUAAUGGAGGAAUCGAAGCCGGAGAACAACAUAGUGAUCCACAUCCCCGUGGUCACGGCAGAAUCUAUGAAGCCAGCGCUCGUUGGAGACAAUUUCUGUCCUAUGUACUCCGACACGUGGGUCGUGUUCCAACCUGACUACAUCAUCGACGCGCGUCUAGGUUGUCUAUGGCGGGUCAAUCUGGUGCCCUCGGGAUUAGCACACUCGGUACCCAAGGACGAAAUAUCCAAAAUAGUGGCCGUACUCCUCCGACGAACCCACGGCAAGGAGACCAUCUACAAAAUGCUUAACCAACUUGUGACUGACGCUGGUACAUACCUUGUCGAGCUCACCAAAGCGUUUGAUGAGAUCAAUGGAGUCUACAGAAAGUGGGCGGACCUAGAAAUGGCUCGCAACACAGCUGGGCAGGGAGUAGAACCUUCACAGGCUCCACACAACUUCAAAGUGUUGAUAUCUCAGCCUGAUAUGUGUACUCAUGUGUUGCAGCAUCAUUCCGAAGAUAAGUACUUAGUGCAGGUGGUGACGGCGUACCUGGCGUCGCUGUGCCGGCGCGCGCUGGUGGUGCAGCCGGCCGCGGCCGAGGUGACGGUGCGCGCGCUCGUGACGCGCGGGGCCCCGGCGCGCCUGCGGGCCGCGCUGCGCCGGGGCGCGCUGGGCGACGCGCGCCCGCUCGCCUGCGCGCUGCUGUCGCUGGGCCACCUCGACCCCGCCGCCGCGCAGCUCGCGCUCGACAUGCUGUGGCGCCUCAAGGGAUACGAGGAGGUGGUGGAGGUGCUGCUGAGCUGGCACGAGCCGGUGGCGGCGCUGGGCGCGGCGCGUCAGGCGGGCGCGGCGGGCGCGCUGGCGCCGCGCAAGCUGCUCGCCGCGGCGCACGCGCACGCCACGCAGCGCCGCUGCCCCACCGCCUUCACGGCCGUCUACCACGCGCUGCAGGCGCGCAACGAGCGCACCAGGGGCGCGCCGCAUUUCCUCAAAAGUGAACAAUGCGAAACUUACGUGGAGUACUACAAACAGAUCACUGCAGACCAAUAG